CCAGUGAAGAGCAGGCAUCCCCACCGUCCGUUUGUUCGGGUCAUCCUCAAUCACCAGUGGUCGUCAUUGCGAAUUCCAUAUUAAAGGCCAGCCUCGUCCGCCACUUUCCUUCGCCUUCUUCCGUUUGCACCCCACGCCAGAUUUCAUCACCAACAACGCUUUGCCUGGCACAACCCCGCGCGUUUUCCAGCGACUACGCUCGCAAACCAUCAGCAACCAUGUCGGCCAACGUCAAGUACACGCCCGCUCCCCAAGAGGACCCGGACCUCAACUACACCCAGCCGCCCCCGUCGUACCAGGCUGAGAGCAGCUCUGCCCAGGACCAGGAGCGCCUGUUUGGGUCUCCGCGAAACAGCGAGGACAACGUCCCCGAUGACUUCAAGUUUGGAGGCUCCGUCGCCGAAGCGACAGUCGAGAUUCGCAAUCAGUUCAUCCGCAAGGUCUACACUAUCCUGACCGUCCAGCUCAUCGCCACGGGCGCCGUCAGCGCACUCAGCUUCAUGAGCGAAAGCUACAAGUCAUGGAUCCAGUCGCAUCCCGCCAUCGUUUGGGUUUCGCUCUUUGGUUCUAUGGCCUGCAUGAUGCUCACCUACUGGAAACGCCACUCGUACCCAAUGAACCUUCUCUUCCUCUCGGCCUUCACCCUCCUCGAAGCCUACACCAUCAGUGUCAUCGUAUCAUUCUACAGCGCCUCGAUCGUACUCAACGCCGUCUUCCUGACGGCCGGCAUCUUCCUCUUCCUCACGGCCUUCGCCUGCCAGACCAAGUACGACUUCACGAGCUGGAUGCCCUACCUGUUCGGCGCGCUGUGGGGCCUGGUCAUCUUCGGCUUCAUGUCCUUCUUCCUCCCGCACACCAGCACCACCGAGCUCGUCUACGGCCUGCUCACCGCCCUCGUCUUCAGCGGCUACGUGCUGGUCGACACCCAACUCGUGCUGCGCAAGCACCACGUCGAGGAGGAGAUCGCUGCCGCCAUCAGCCUGUACCUCGACAUCAUCAACCUGUUCCUCGCCAUCCUCCGCAUCCUCAACAGCCAGAGCAACAACUAGGCGAGAGCGGGUCGGGAGAGUGGUUUAGGAGCCGCCUAAGACCGGAGGGGUUUUGAGGUCGCGGGCAUGGUAAUGUUCAUUCGUCGUGUUGUGAGACUGUACAGUAUCUUGGGUUUGGGGGAACGGGUUCAUCGGUUUUGUGCUACGACGGAAAUAGGGGUUUUGCGGGGACUGGUUUUUGUGCUUUUCUGUUUUCUGCUUUCCGAUUUACUGCUUGCCCGCUGCGU